AUGGAUAUUUUUAUUUAUCUAUAUAACGUGGGUGAUUCCUAUAAAAUUUUAAUUGAUAAAAAUAGGUUGCAAAUUAAAAAUGAGUUAAAAUAUGAAAGAGUAUUAACAGAGGGUGAUAUAGGAGGAAAAAAGCAAAGUUACGGUGAAGAAUGCCUAGAAGAAUGUCCAUUGGAUAAUAAAAAAAACAAAUGGGAAAAUCCAGUUCGAUACGAGAAUCCGUACGAUAAUUGGAAUAAAGUCAUUACUCCAUUUUUGCGGGAGGAAUUUAAUAAAGAAACAGGCGGAAUGGACCCUGAAUGGAGAGAACAAAAAUGGAAUAAUGAAUGGAAUAAUAUUUCAGCGAACAAAGUUAAUGAAUUAUCUUCAAUAUAUAUGCGAAGUAUUCCAAAAAAAGAUAAAGAAAAAUUAAUUUGUUGUGUUGAGCAGAAACUCUUCACACUAUUUGUGGAAUUUUUAGACAAAUGUAAGAAAGAGAUGAGAGACAAUAAAACAGAAUCCGAAUCUAAGAAAGAAAAAUUAAAAAAAAUUUUGCAUUUGGAGAAAUUAUAUUUUACAAUUAUAAAAGAAAUAAUAAUUAAAAAUAUAACUUAG